UGCGCAUCAGGCGGGCUGGGGCCAGAGAUCAGGACGGUCGGAGCGAGUGCUCGGCGCGAGCGCACGCGCGGGCGCUGUCCCGGACCGCUCGGGAGACGUGUCCGGCGACGUGGGCGCUGCGCAGCGUACGGCGAACGUGGCUGGCGGCGAGGGCGGUGCGAUGCACAGCGGGCUGGACACGAGGGGGCGCGUCGGGGGAGGGCGGGGGACGGGCGCUUGGAAGAUUAGGCGGACGUUUUAGGUUGCGUCAUCUAGAUCGGAGCUGCGGCCAUCAAGGCUAGCUCGAAUUAGGCACGCCUGGGACGGUUACCGCUAGGGUCUCAGAAGCGCGUGUCCUUCCUUUCUCUUCAACUUCCCUCUCCCCCCCACCUCCCCGCCCACGCCCCUCCUCCUCCUAAUUACUUCCCCUCCCCCCUCGCUGGUCGACCCGCUACUUCCACCAUCUCUUAAUGCGCGCCGCCCGUCCCUUAUGUUCCACCCCAUCCUUCCAGCACCUCCAAAGCACGCGUCCGGCCAGCACCAGUAUGGCACCAGAACGCGCUCCAACUCGGCCAUCAAGCCCUCCAUUCGCCUCCGCCACUCCCCCGACGCGCCGCAGUCCCAGAGGCGUAUCAAACCCGCCCCUGUCCGCAAGGCCCGAGCAGACAGCGUAGAGGGCCCUGCCCCCGCGCCCCCGCCACCCGACCUCCCUGCUUUCCCGCCUCAGCACGUCUAUCUCCACCCGGAGGACGCCGCCAACAAAGUUUUCAUUGCCCUUGGGCGCGCUCUCAUGUCUGUCGACAACCGCGCAAUCACGGUGAAGGAUCUUGCCGAGCUCUCGAUGAAGUCGGGUCUUAUGUGUCAGAAUGUCUCCGCUGCGGGCCAAGCCAUUGCAACAUUCAUCCGCACCCACUACGCCCGAUGCGAAGCACAAGACGACCAACCCCUCCUCCUCAAGCACGGCAUGUCCGGUACUAUGUUCGACGACGACCUUGUUCCAGCGCUGUACUCCCGCGUCGGUGGCGCGCAUUGCACCCUCAACAACGGAGCGCAGGAUAGGUUGACCAACUUCCGACGAGGUACGCAGGUCUGGUAUCUCAGCAAAGCUGCCGGCGCACCUUGUCCGUUCGCUCGGGCGGGCAUCCGUCUUUGCGAGUACAACGAAGACGGGAGGAUUGGGACCGUCCCUAAUCCCGGCAAGGAGCGGAAGCGAGAGCGGGAUCGAAUGCGCAAAGCAGCACAAGCGUGUGGCCAGAAACGGAAGCGGCUUCCGCGCUCAUGCGCUGACAAAGGACCACUCACUUCUGAUUCCUCGGACGACGAUGAGGAAGAGAGACCACCGAAGGUGAAGCUCACUCUCAGACUCCGGCCUUGUCUCGCAUCUACCCCAGGCGCGUCUUCCUCACACUCGGCAAACUCCGUCUCCAUGUCUCCGUCGGCAAGUCCCCAACCAGAGGAGGACUCUGAUGUCGAGCAAGACUCGGAUUAUGACUCCGACAGCGAUUCGAUGUCUGUGGAGGAGGAUGAGGAUGAUGAUAUGAACGAACCAGGACCUGCACUGUUGCUCCCUUCCCAGCGCUCCCCCGGACCCUCUCGCCCGUUCUCUCUUCCUCAAUGUGUCCCUCCGCCUCUUCCUGGCUUCCCCUCUGCGCCCGAGACCUAUCGACGUUCUAUGUCCACCCCGUACAGCGAGAGAUCCGGCUCCCCUCCGCCGGACUCUGAAGCAGAGGACGAUGAUUACCAUAUCACCAUGACAGAUGCUCGCCGACUGUACUCCCGCUCUUGUGCGUCUACGGAGGACGAAGAUUCUGCCUGGGACGGCGACUUCUUCGGCGACGUGGAUGUGGACGCCGAAACUCAGUGGGACAGCCCUGGUCCCCGUUCGCCCUCGGUGCAAAUCGAGGACGAGGUCGUCGUCAAGCAGGAACCCACCGAUGUCCGCGGCCUCCUCGACGCUUGGGAGGAUCUGGAGACUCGGGCGACAGACCUGAAGGUCAUCGACAUUGUGGCGCAGGCCGCAGCGGCCGAGCGUCAGAUGGAAGAACAAGCCGCAUCAGAUGAUCUCUCAAAGUGGUCCUGGCCGAGUACACUUCCGGAGAGCACCGAGCAUAUCAAACAAGAGGACGUCGAGCCAAAUCUAUUGUUCUCUGACAGCGAGUUCUCGCCGCCACCUGACACCGAGUCUCCUCUCCCCCAUUACGACUACGACCCGUACGAUUCUCCUGUGGAGGAACGUUCGUUCAGAUUCGACGCCGGCUCAUCCUACGACUCGCAGUGGAGAGAUGUGGAGAUUUUGGGUCCGGACAGCGUCAAGCCCCGCGAUCUCGAAGAUGGAGUUUGGCACGAGUACCGAGGCCGGGCCGUUUCCCCAGAAGAGCCAAUUCGGUCGCCCUGCCCUGGAUCUUCUACUGCCCCCGACCCUUCUUCCCCUUCGUCUCCGAAACUCUCACGCGCUGCGCUCCCCCCACUGGAUGUGAAGUCGACAGAUGUGGGUGCAAACAUUGCCCAGGGAAGGAACAUGUCGAUCACCUCCCCGUCUCUGCUCGCGUCCUUGACUUCGCUGUACAUCCGGAGCCCCACUAUUCCCGCAGCGUCCACCCAGCGCAACGCUGGUUAUGCGGUGGGGGAUGCGCCUGCCUCAGCGCCCAGCACGUCAUGCGUCCGGGAUCCCUCGGAGGACGAGCCUUUGGUCGUUCACACUGUCCACGAACUUGAACCGGCUAUUUCUGCCACCCAAUUCGAAGGAGUGCCCGUGUAUCAAAUGACCUUGGGUUCAUCCUUGGUCCUUCGCCGCAUUGACACAGACUUCGUGAACGCCUCUCCCAUCGCGCAGCGUCUUCGGGUGUCCUGCCCCUCGGCACCUAACGCCGUGGCGGUCAUGGGUGGGUCGCCAAGCAUCUGCGGAACGUGGGUCCCACUAGACGUCGCGCGAACCUUGGCCAAGGGCGAGUCCGCCCUCGAGACGUUCUUGUCCUACGACCUGCGCUGUCUUUUCCCUCCGUCCCUCAACGCAGUACACCCUGUUGGCGACCGGCAACCAGCAUCCUCCGGGUAUGGUCACCAGUUCAAGUCGGCAUCAGAGGCGAGGCGUCAAUCCAUGACUUCGCACCGGCUGGAGCUCCCGCCGCGUGAAUUCGAGGUCUCAUGGGAGGACCACCUUUCCACGCAUCCGUCCUUCAUUCUCGCGACCUCUGCGCUUGAUGGGCACCGACCGGCGAUGGAGGAGGCACCGCUCCCCGUCGUGGAGACGCUCAGCCCCACAGAGGAGGCAAUGUUCCAUGUGCUGUGCGCCGAUCCGGAGUGGGACGAAGCGCCGCGAUCGCCGACCGAGGAGCACGCGCCCGAAGUGGGCGACACCGCCAUUCGACCGGCGGACACUACGGAAACCCCGCAGGACCGCCCGCUCCGUCGCUCGAAGCGGGUCGCAAACACGGUCACCACACGGUCCCGCACGCGCUCGAGCAAGAGGGGCUCGCGCACGUCGCUUUCUUGAUCCCCCUUUACCCUCUCCAUUCACCAUUCAAUUCAUGACCCCCUGCUCUCGCGUCUUCUGUUCGAGUUCUAAGCUUAUUCCUUUCAUGUUCAAAGCCCUCCGUUUCAUGCCGUUUCGCCGUAGAGUAUAUGUGUACCGAUUAUCCCAUCCCCGCUCCGUUCCGUCUAUUUUUUGUUGCGCACCCGGACGCCCGCUGCCGGAGAACGGCCUCGGCCGCACACUCGCUGGUUCUGCGCGCCCGCUUCGAGGUGAUUUCGAGGGAGGCGAGGAUCAGAUCAUUGCGCCUGUUGUUGACGGGGUGUGAUGGACGUGCAAUCGCCGCCGAUUGCGUGGAUUUGCGGGCGGUGGGGGGUGCGGCGGGGAGGUAUGGUACGAACUAGUAGUAUGCGUGUAUGCGCCGAAUGCGAAC